CAGUCAGAGAUGGAGGCUCGUGUGUCUCACCUGGCUGCAGGUGUGCAGGAGCUGCUGCAGGCUGGCAGGGAGGGCGGGGACAGGGGGCGGAGCCUGAGUCAGCAGACGCUGCAUCACCUGGAGACGCUGCACAGCCAACAGCUGCAGCUGCAGAGCCAGCUGCUGGAGUCGGCCCUCAGGAUAGCGGCGGGCCACGCCCCUGUGGCGCCUGCGACCUCUGACCUCACGGCUUCAGGUCAGCCGCCCCGUCUGCAGGUCACUCACCUGGAAGCUGCAGAUGUCCUUAGCAACCAGCAGCAAAGCUCCUCGGCAACCACAGCCGCCGCCACCGAGGAGACUUACCCAGUUGCUAUGACAACUGCCCAGCAAACCAGAGAUGCACGGCAUUCCAGAGGUCCCGGCGUUUCCCCGGGACCCCAGCCAGCGGCGACUGCCAAUCACAGUCAGGCGGUGGCGAGGAGAGCCAAUGAGAUGCUGAGGGAGAUGGGACGUUUGAAGAGCGAGAUGAAGAUGCUGCUGACGCAGCCAGAAGACUCUCUGAACACCACCAGACCUGGACCAGAUCACAACCAAGCCCAACAAAACUUACUUCAGUCCCAGCAAUCCCACUCCCAACACAACCAUCCCAAAUCCUUCCAGCCCAGGUCCCAACAAACUGAUCCCCAGCAGUCCCAGACACAACCCAGGUCCCAGCAGUCCCAGACACAACCCAGGUCCCAGCAGUCCCAGACACAACCCAGGUCCCAGCAGUCCCAGACACAACCCAGGUCCCAGCAGUCCCAGUAUCAAUCUAAACCAGUCCAGCUCCAUCAAAGCCCUUUCCAAGAAACCCAGUCCCAGCAGUCCCAGUCCGUACUGGUCCAGAGGAGGCCUGUGGUUCCGUCUGUGUUGGAGGAGGCGGGUCAGGUUCUCCGUCAGGUUCGGAGACAGAAGAAGAUUCUGGAGGAGAACCUGGAGGCUCUGCUGAGAGCCAAAACCGGAGAGGUCCUGCACUGCCAGCUGGAGGCGCUGGCUGCUAACAGGGACGGGACCGAGGAGGUCCGGAUCAAGAAGACAGUGGACGCCUGGAUCAGGUCCUUAACCAAAGACAUCCACGCUGAGCUGUCCUCAGAUGUUCCCUGCAGAGCUGCAGACUCUGUCAGACGCUCAGCCAGCAGAGACGCUGCGGUGACAUCACAGCAGAGGGCUGCUGGGAGCUCCGCCCACAGGGGCAGGGGGAGGCCAGUGAGCGCGCCCAGAGGAACAGGAAGUAAGACUGCGGCGGGACGAGGAGAAAGAGGACGGACAGCCGGACGCAGACAGGGGGCGGAGCCUGACAGAGUCUCAGGUGGGCGGACAGACAGCGACCCUGCGAUGGACGGAGUGUCGUACCUGACUCGUCUGUACGGCAGAGCCCCGUAUGAAGGUCUGAGACGGACCCUGAAGAAGAGUCCGUACCUUCGCUUCAGCUCACCUGGCUCACCGCCCGGCAGGAAGUCCCGCCCCCGGCUGGUGGAGAGCGUCAGAGGUGUGAAGUUGAAGUCCUGUAAGACUCAGACGUGUUUGGCUCCUCCCCUCAGUCUGUCACCUGGACGACCUCAGCACCAUUACAUCAUCAGCUCCUCCCACCUGACCUCUGGUGACCCCGUUGACCUGACGGUGACCCCUGCAGACAGUCACUCUGUUCCCGUGGCGAUCCCACUGGGUCGUCGCAGGAUGGACUCUUCUUCCAGGCGCCUCACUGAACGUCAACAGGAAGUGACAUCACCACCCACAGCUCCUCCCACAACUAGUGCGGUUGCCGUGGAUGACAGAACAUCUGAGCUACAGUCACUAGAGGCGGAGCAGCUGGACGCAGGUGAGGCUCCUCCUCCGUCACAUACUGUUGACAUCAUCGAGCGGAGGAGUGACGAAGAGGAGGACGAAGAGAACGUCUUCCCUGGAGCCGACUUCCUGUCUGUCACUGAUGUUGUCCAGCAGGAGGAGGUGAGUGUGGUCGGGGAGGAGGCGGUGGAGUUGGAUGGAGGUCCGUCUCCCCCUCCGGUCCUGUAUCAGGGUCCGGUCUUCCCUCCCCAGGCCCGCUCUGCCCUCCCUGCCCAGGAUCAGGCCUCCGUCCUGGGCCUCGACCUGCGAAGAGACGCCCUGGAGAACCGGCUGGUGGAAUGGGUGGAGCAGCAGCUGAUGUCCAGGAUGAUCUCGGAGAUGUGCCGCCCCCCUCCAUCUGACCCCGCCCAGAACGACUCCACUGACCGAUCAGAGCCCGAGGAGCGAAGCGUCACCUCAGACAUCGUGGAGGCAGCAGGAGGUGCAGGUCUGCAGCUGUUUGUAGACUCCAACAUGUCGGUGGACUCGGCUCUGAUCCGGCAGCUGGUGAAUGAGGUUCUGACAGAGCAUGUGGCCCGGAUGCUGGGACACAGAGACACACUGGAGACAGGACCAGCACCCGAACAGGAGCAGCCCAGACCAGGUCCAGGAGCCCAUCAGGAGGAGAAACUGGUACCACUGGUUCCUACACCGGUACCAACCCCUCCACCCAGCCUGACCCCGCCCAGCAGAGAGACUCUGCCACGCCUGACCACACCCCCUCCCUCUGAACCAACCAGCCUGCUGCACGAGGAGUCUCCUCAGCCAAUCACAGCAGCAGAGCCUGUGACCACGCCCACCUCCAGCCCAGAGCCCUCCCUCUCUACAGGAAGUCCUCCUGCUGUUCAUCAGGCCCCGCCCCCUCUCAACUGGGGAGACGCUGAGCUGCCAUUGGACGAGGAGAGACCAGAGGAACACCUGGAUACACACGCACAGCCGCUGGUGAUGUCAGUAGCAGAGGAGGAGCCUCCUCCCUUCUCCCCUCUUCCUUGUCCUUCUCCCUCCGCCCCUGCUGCUCCCUCCCCGUCUCCUCCUCCUCCUCCUGGUCCGGCGUCUCCGUCCAGCUCCUCAGGGGACUCCAGCAGCUCCAGCAGCUCCAGCAGCAGCAGCAGCAGCAGCGCGGUGACGGCCGGGACAGAAGCUGCACUCAAACACAUCUCAGAGGGAGAACUGCUCAUCAGUGUCAACCAGCUGGCUGCCACCACAGAGGAGGCGGCGGUCUGCAGUUUCUCCAGCUCCCUCCAGGAGCUGCAGGAGAUGGACUUUGACCCCCCCAGUGAAGGACAGGUCAGAGGUCACGACCUCCUGCUGACCCUGCUGACCAAGAUGGAGCAGGGUGUCACACACAGAGGAGAGAGACCACAGCCGGAGGGCGCCUGGGGGAGGGAUCAGGAGGAGGAGGAGGUCAGCGUGGGAGAGGUGAGAGACGAUCAGACUACAAAACCUCACUGGACUACAAAUCCCAACACUUACAGCAAGAGUACAGCAGCCCAGCGUGGUCAGACCUCCUCACCUGGACAGAUCAGUCAGUGUGCAGAUGUGUCUGAAGUCAGUUUUGAAGCGACGAAUCAGGGCUCGGUCACCGUGGGCGACCUGAUGGUGGAUCCAGUCGGGACUCUGACCUCUGACCUGCAGACCGACCUGUCGCUGUCUCCUCCCCCACACCUGGAGAACCCACAGUCUGCAGUCCUGGUCCGGCAGUACGACCCACAGACAGCUGGAACCAGGAGGAUGGAUGUUCAUCUGCCCUCCAUCAGACCGGAGGAGGAGGAGGAGGAGGAGGAGGAGGUGGUCAGCGCAGCAGCAGAUCCAGACUCCUCCACCAACGAUGUUUUCUAGAGGGAAACUGAGGCCAGACGUCCGUCCAUCAACAUCUUCAUCUUUAUUUGAUUCAGUUCUGAACUGGUUGAUGAGUUUCACAGCUGAGGAGAAAUUUAUCUUCAUCCUCCUCUUUAACAGCAAACACGUCUUUCUUUCCACUGAAGUCUGUUUGAUGAGGCUUCCUGUGACCUUUGACCUCUGUCCACCCGGUCAGCUGCCUGAAGCCUGAAUAAAUGGUUUUAAUAAACUUUGACCUUCUCUGACUUCUUCUGCUGUCUCCUUGCUGGUUCCAUCGUGGUGUUUCUCAGAGUCAGUGUUUCUGUAGCUUUUCUUCUCAGGAGAAACUUCACCACGUCCCUCCUGGAGGGGUUUUACUAACCGCUCUGCUCUCAUCGCUCCGACGCCGGCUGAUUUCUGCAGGAGGGAAACAAACUGGUUUCAUCCUCGAUGAACGCGUUAGAAAUGAUGGAAAGAUGUGUCUCAAGUCAGUUUUGAAGAGACCAAUCAGGGCUCGGUUACCGUGGAUCCAGUCGGUACUCUGACCUCAGACCUGCAGACCGACCUGUCGCUGUCUCCUCCCCCACACCUGGAGAACACACACAUACUGCAGUCCUGGUCCGACAGUACGACCCACAGACAGCUGGAACCAGGAGGAUGGAUGUUCAUCUGCCCUCCAUCAGACCGGAGGAGGAGGAGGAGGAGGAGGAGGAGGUGGUCAGCGCAGCAGCAGAUCCAGACUCCUCCACCAACGAUGUUUUCUAGAGGGAAACUGAGGCCAGACGUCCGUCCAUCAACAUCUUCAUCUUUAUUUGAUUCAGUUCUGAACUGGUUGAUGAGUUUCACAGCUGAGGAGAAAUUUAUCUUCAUCCUCCUCUUUAACAGCAAACACGUCUUUCUUUCCACUGAAGUCUGUUUGAUGAGGCUUCCUGUGACCUUUGACCUCUGUCCACCCGGUCAGCUGCCUGAAGCCUGAAUAAAUGGUUUUAAUAAACUUUGACCUUCUCUGA